AUGGAGUCUGUCCACCAUGUAUCGGCAUCAUCGAAAAUGCUGUUCAGCAAGGUGCGCAAAAUCGUACCACCAAUGCUCGAAAAGUUCCACAAAGGUUCGUUGAUCCCCAUGUUGUUUGUCAUCAAGGGCUACUCUCCCAAUCUCAUGGUGCAUCCAUUGCUGCCAAGCAGCGCGACCGUUCAAGAUUUCAAUUCAACUGAUGCGCCAUCACUAGCAAAGCCCAUAAUCGGCAUGCUAUCUCGUCUCCAUGCCCUUGUCAUUGGACCAGGGCUUGGUCGCGACAGUGUCACGCUCCAAGUGGUUACAGAAGUGAUCAGAGAGGCGCGGUCGCAGUCCCUCCCGUUCGUGCUGGACGCAGAUGGACUCCUGAUUGUGACGGAAGACCCGGAUUUGGUCAAAGGAUAUAAAAACUGUAUCCUCACGCCUAACGUGGUCGAGUUCGGCCGGCUAGCAAAAGCCCUGGGUGUCAAAGUAUCUAGUCCUGCUGAAAUCGCAAAAGACGGGGGCAAGAAUACCGCCGACAGGGAAUCAGCAGCCUGCGAGGAACUUUCUCAGGCCCUGGGUGGCGUGACUAUAGUCCAAAAGGGUCCUCACGAUGUGAUCUCCAAUGGGGUUACCAGUAUAAUUUCUGACGUCAAGGGAGGCUUGAAACGCAGUGGGGGCCAGGGAGACACCUUGACGGGCUCGCUGGGAACCUUCCUUGCGUGGCGAGCGGCCUAUCACGACAAGUUAUGGGAUUCGGAUGAGAAGGACAAUGGGAAGGAGGCAGAGAGCCAGGAGGAGGUACAGGCAGAGCUCACUUCCGAAAAUAGGCGUAUGUCUCCAGCGACAAGUCUACUGCUGGCUGCUUGGGCAGGAAGUGGAAUCACCCGAGAGUGCUCCAGGCGGGCCUUUGAAGCUAAGGGACGGAGCAUGCAAGCGAGCGAUUUGACCGAUGAGGUACAUGGUGCCUUUUUGCGACUUAUUGGAGAACCAGACGAACCUAAGACACUUCUCUAA